CCUUGACCCAUCUCUAUAUAAUAAAUGAUAGCCACAUAAAAGUAGUGCAUGCCAAUUUUUUAUUUGGGCGUGUUUUGCAAAUUAAUUCCGAUAAGUUUCCUGUCGUAAGGGGCAAAUUAGGAUUGGAAUGGCGGCUUCUGUAAACCAUGUCGGCGAAUCUUUCAGUAAUCCAAACUGGGGUAAUGAUUUUGUUGCUGUGGAGAGUGUGCAGGAGCUUGCACUAAAGAAACCCAAUGAAAUUCCUCAGAGAUAUAUCAGAUCAGAAGAUGAAAGGCCAUCUUCAACACUACUCCCUUCUCUCCUGACAGUUCCUGUAAUCGACAUGGAAAAGCUGCUCUUGCCAUCUGACAGCAAUGAAAGACAGAAGGAGAUGGGCAUUCUUUCUAAGGCUUGCAAAGAUUGGGGCUUCUUUCAGGUUGUGAACCAUGGAAUUCCACAUUCUUUGAUAGAUCGCAUGAGAGGAGUGGCUAAUGAGUUCUUUAGCCUUUCCUUGGAUGAGAAGAAAAUGUAUGCUCCGCAACCAGGAGAUGCUCAAGGCUAUGGUAAUAUGUUUGUGGUUGACGAAGAUCAGAAGUUGGAUUGGGGGGACUUGAUGGCUUUGGCACUUACGCCUAAAACACUUGUCAAUUUAACUCUAUGGCCAAGCACACCAUCGGAUUACAGAAAUACAUUAGAGAGUUAUACCACUCAAGUGGAAAAGGUAGCUCAGAUGAUCUUGAGUCUAUUUGCUGAGAAUUUACAAUUAAAGAAUGACUAUUUCAAAGAAAAGUUUGGAGAAGAUCCGAUGAUGACAGUGAGAAUGAAUUUGUAUCCACCUUGCCCGAGGCCUGAUCUAGUGUUGGGGUUAAGCCCUCAUUCAGAUGGAGGUGGCAUAACACUUUUGCUUCAAGAUGACCAAAUAGAAGGUCUUCAAGUUCACAAGAACAAUGAAUGGAUUCCUAUUCAACCCAUUCCUUAUGCACUGGUUGUAAACAUUGGUGACCUUAUAGAGGUGAUGACAAAUGGGAUAUACAAAAGUAUAGAACAUCGAGCAGUGACAAACAAGGAGAAGACAAGAUUAUCUAUUGCCAUGUUUUACAAUCCAGGCUUAGAGGAUGAAGUGGCUCCUGCAAGAAACCUUAUUGAUGAAGAACACCCCUCCUUAUAUAAGAAUUUCAAACAUCAAGAAUAUAUUCGCUAUUACAUGGCCAAACAACUCAAUGGUAAAAAAUCAUUAGCUAACUUUGCCAAAAUAUGUGAGUAGUAGUCAAACUCACUAAUUAGUGUGGUAUGCAUGAAAUGAGUAAUAAGGAAAUCUAUAUGUUAUUGUACUUCAAUUAGGUGAUCAUUGCAAUAAUAUACAUAAUUACCAAACAAAGAAACAAAAUAUAAUAUGUUUCUUUAUAGUUUUUAAAAUAAAUAUUAUUAUAUAGAUGUGAUAUAAAAUGGAUGAUUUUAUAUGACAAUAAUGUUAUCAUGGAUUGAAUAUAAUA